CUAGAGGCUCGCCGAGACAUUGAACUCGCGGCCGGCUUUGUGAGUCAAGGCGCGACCGCCACUCUCGCCAUCGUUUCUAUUGCCAACUACCUUGCUGUAUACAUCAAAGGCCAAUCCGAUGUUAACAGCUGCUCGGUGAUAUCUGGAAAUGUUGACGGCGCUGCUUGGCAAUACUACGCGACAACGUCUGGCCCGAAAUGCGACACUACCUCGGAGACGAAGACGAUUGAGAACGCUGUGGAGCGCGAGCUCAAGUGGAUGCAGGAGAAUGGGUACGACUCGGCGUGCUUCAAGAUGGAUCAUGGGGGUACGUGGGAGGGACAUCUCAAGAUUGCAUUUAACGGCAAACCCAUCGCGUCAGACACACAAUGUAAUUCGUUAAAGUACAUUGAUCUUUGA